AAAACUUCAAUUUUUACUGUAUAGUAAAAUGCGUAAUAAUUAAUUUUUUAAUUUUAUUAUACAUAACCUUGAUAAACAUCUUAGCAAAAAUGAUAUUUAAAGUAUUGUAAAUUUACACAUCGCAGUGUAAAAUAACAUAACCUAUAUAGUGCCUAAAUUUGUUAUAAAUUUCAGUUCUAUGAUAGAAGAUUUAAUUAGAAAAUCUGACAUUACAUUUUUCAUCUUUGUUAGUAAAAAAUAACAAAAUAUGAAUUCAUUGCCUCCCACUAAACCUCCGAGAGGUAUUAAACCAACCAAAGAAACGAGUGGUUUAUUGAUCUCUGUAAUUCGAGCUUUGUCAGCAAGUGAAACUAAUGAACAACGAGAGAUAGAAAAAGCCAAGCUUGAAAAAGAAUACAAGAAGAGUGAUCAGAGGCUUGACGAAUUGGUAUCAUUACAUGAUCAGGACCUUACAGAAGUUAUGCAAAUAUUCAGUGCUUUAUCAGAGAAGGUAACAGCAUCUCGAGAAAAGAUUCAUGCAGUUAAAGAAAAUUUGAAUGCUUGCAAACAAUUAUUAAGGUGUAAACGAGAGGAACUGUUAAACCUAUGGCUUGAGGGAAUUGAACAUAAACAUGUGCUGCAUCUCUUAAAAGAUGUGACUCCUGAUUCCUGCACCAGAAUGUUACCUUUACCAGAAUUAGAUACGUUAUCGGCAUCUACAUCGUGUAAUACAGCAUCGGACUGAUAGUCACUAGAUUUAUUUGUAAUUAGUUGUAAUUUAAGCACUUUCUAUUUAUAAGAAUGAACAAAAUAUGAGAUUUAGUAAAUGAAUACAUGGAUUUGCACUAUUGAAAA